AUGCCAGGUGAACGUGAGCCGCUACGCGCACAGACUGCAGCCGCUCAAUAUAUCCCACAAACUCGAUGCAAUUUCUGCUUCGUUGUCGGCCAGUUGCCCAUCAUCGAUCCACGCAACUACUACACCGUUCCACCCGCCUUCGGGCAUCAUCACAACCCCAACCAGAGCGUCCAAGUCUCCCAGAAUGACAUGGACGCCUUCCCACAAGAACAGGCCUAUGCGGCUCCAAACCCGCAUUGGCACCAGACUCCAACUGCGGAGAAUACGCAAGGGUACUACAACAACACAGGACCUCUGAUGCACCAGUUAUCCCCAUCGGCGCAACAAGAGCACUACCAGUACUACCAGAGCUUCCCGCUACCAUCACAGAGCAUGAAUCAGGCCGCCACGGCUCCAAUCAGACGUUCUCACUUUCUCGAAAUGGACGUUGCCAUUCGAAACAGAAUCUACGCAUAUCUCGUCGGCGAUCAAAGCAUCCAGAUCACCCAGCGCGCCGAAGGAGAACAUGUUUUCAACUAUGUUACAAGAAUCCCAAACCCCCAAGACACCAGUCUGUACCCGCAACUGAUCGAGCACCAACUCCCGCGCGUUUUCGUGCUCUGUCGCCAGACCUAUAACGAAGCGCGCUACAUCUACUUCCGCCUUUGUGUCUUCGGAUUCAUUAGCGGCCAGGCACAUGUCAAGGCGAUUGUCCAUUGGACGUCGAUACAAGACCUACACAGACAGAUCUUCCACACGAUUACGAUACACAAUCCCCAGAAAUGGCCAGAAACUUUUGAGUACAUCAGUGACCUCGAGUGUCUGUGCGAUCUUCGGCGCGUGGAGAUGUGCAUCACCCGCGACCCAACCAUGACAGGCGCCGAGGUCAGCAAAAGAGGCUAUCUGGUGAAGAAGAUUGGACAACUAUUACGAAAGAUCACCGACAAAGGUGCAGAGCUAGUCGUCUUGUACAAGAACCCUGAUGGGUACGCUACGGUGUGGGGUAAACAAGUCACAAUACCCCAGCCCACGCAAGAGCAGCUCCCAGUACCUCACGCCGAGCCUGAGCAGUCAGAUGCAGACAGACUAAAAGCCACACUACUAGAUAUCCAGCAAGGACUCAUUCCAAUGCCGCAUGGUCUGCAGCCCCCACAACAUGAACGAGUAGCGUUGAUGAUAGACCGUGCCAAGCGAUACAACCAAAGGAUGGCACAUUCCUACGCGGAUUGGCAACUGGAACAAGAAGCUUGGCGUAAAAAUCAAGGCAUCGAACAGAGACUACUACGCAACCCUUCACCAGAACAAGCUGCGACCGUAGGUGCAGAUACAAGGAUAGAACCCACGUCGGUUCUCAAGAUACCAAGAUCAGAUCAAUACACAUCAAUCGAGUUGAUACAACAUGUCACCAUCGAGGCCGAACAAGGCGAAAUCGACCGGAGAACUUACAAGAGCCUCUUGUCUUUCAAGAAUCUUUCCAGUGUCGAGGUCAAGAUCAAGUGCCCUACCUCACCAAGAGAACACAGCAACCAGAUGUCACGUCGUAUGAAGCGAGACCAGGAAAAGAGCAUCGAACAAGCAAAAUCUGAAGCCUUGGCUACACUCUGCCAGAUCACCGGCCAACCUCGGCUGCAUGUUACCUUUACCCGCGAGUAG